AUGGGUGUCUCAGGUUGCAUUCCCGAGCCAUUUGAAAAAGUUUAUGGUGAUGUGAUCUGCACUAUUGUAUGUAUUGCUCGGGAUGAUAACUGGUGGAGAGCUGGUGCUGAUGGUUGGCAAUGCCUUGUUCGACCUGCCUCGCAACUCUCUGCCUUUGGAGAUGAGGAGACACCUGGAACAGAAUACAGAAGGUGUGCAAGUUAUUAUUGCACAAGCUGUGUUGACUGCCUUGAUGUGAAUAUUAAAUUUUCAGGAGUACGAGAUUUUGAAUUUACGGGUGAGUUGUGUGUGUUUGACCUGUUGGGCAUCAUGCUGUACCACGGUUGGGUUGUGGAUCCCUCCAGUGAAGUUGCCCCUGUCAUCACAGACCUCUCUUAUAAUCAGCUGACUAACAAUAUCUUCGCUUGGAGGGAAGAAGCUGUCAAGAACAAUAACAACGACUUGCUUGUCAAAGCAAUGUUGUGUGAGGAGUUUAUGGCAAACAGCGGAUCGCAAUUAACAAUCCACGGCUUAUUUGAACUCGGGUCAGCUUUACAAAGGGAGGAGAUUGCGGUUCUCUUCAGAAACAACCACUUCUCAACCAUAUAUAAGAGAGGGGACCAGUUAUACCAGCUUCUGACUGACCAGGGAUUCCUCCAUGAGAACAUGGUGUGGGAAACACUCAAUGAUGUUGAUGCCACUUUCUCGGAAUUUGUGAAUGGAAACUUCCAGCCCAUUCCCCCAGUACCUGAGUCGACUCCUUCCUCUGAAGCUGCUCAGAACAUGACCAUGCAACAGCAGAUCAACUCAGAUCAACAGUUGGCAGCGAUGCUUCAACAUGAGGUAGAGCUGCAGCAGCGUCAACAACAAAACUUUGAACGUCUAAAGGAUUCACUAGGGCUUCACAAUAUGUCUGAUGAAGAAAUGGCACAGAAGCUGCAGGAGGAAGAGAACCGCCUGGCUGCAGAAGCAGAAGCAGAGGCAGGAGCUACACGUUACCAGCCGCACCCCUCCUCAGACACGGCAGGUGCCACAAACCCCUCCGCAAGUUCAAGAGGAGAAGAGAAAAAAAGAUUGUACCAUCCUCUGAAAUAUUUUGAAGCUUUCAUUCUUUGGAACUUGUAUUCAUAGCUCUUUGAGUGUCUUGUACUGAAGGACCCAUCCCAUUCUUAUACCUGGAUGCUGCAAGUUCCUGGAGUAUAAAGAUGCAAUUUUUCAAGAAUUCAUUUUGGACAGUUCACCCUUACAACCUACCAAGGCAUAUGUUUCAAGGUCAAUAGUUGAAGAAAAACUCCUAUCUUUCUAUAAAUAAUGCUAUGUGUUGAUCUUGUCAGAUGAAGAAAGAAUGAAAGAGUAUUACCAUUAUAGAAAGCUUACAAAGUGAUAUUCUCAACAGUUAAUAUUUGUAUACUGUUACUGUACAGGAUGCAUUGUCUGUAAUGGACUAUUUUAAAAUGUAGAUGGACAAUGUUAGAAAGCUAAAAGACAAAGAUUAAGAUUUAUCAAGUCAAACGCAGAUCACUUGAACCUGAUGGUAGCGGUGUUGCCACUAAGAUCUAGUGACAUUUCGAUACACCCUACAUCUUCCACUGUGAUAUUACAUUGCAAAGGGAAAAGAAUUACCAUGCAUCAAGAGUUAUAUUUGUUACAUCAGCAUAGCUUUUUAAGUUUGUCAAGACGUUGAUCAAUUUCAUUCAUAGUCGUAAAGUGGUUGGUUUUGCUUGAAGAUACAGGAACAAUCUCUAUUAUGGUUUCUUAAAUUUGCUGUUACAUAACUUAUUGAUGCAUGAGAUUCCCCUGGAUUUAUAAUAGAGCCUCAGUUAUAUAAGAAUUAUAAAUUAGAAAUAUAGGCACAAAGCUUGUAUAUGUAUAUAUACGGUACUUGGAACUGUGCAAACAUUAUGUAUGUAUGACCAGUACUAAAUUCUUAAAUUAUAUGAAGUUAUUUGAAAUUAUUGGUAAUUCUUUAUUCAGAAAUGUUUAAAUGCAAGUUGAAAUUGAUAGGCCUGAAGUUUAUGGUGCACACAUGGAAGUCUGUAUAUUCCUAAGGAUUUGAAAAAACUCUUUUUGAUGUUAAAAUGAUUAGAACUGACUUUUGAAAUUAAGGUAAAAGUUACCCACUUGUAAAUAUGAAUAUCUCAAAAUUAUUUAAUGUUUUACUUCAAACAUUUUUUUUAAUUAUUUGCACCCUUCUAAGCAGGAAGAAUAUACAGCUAUGGAUGAAAAUGUUACAAGAUUCACCAUAAUAGAUAGCAUAAUGUAUUUAAUCUUGAUACAAUUUGAAUUUGGCUUGUUAGCAGCAAAAUAUGGAGUAGUUAAGAAAGCAAUGAUGCCUUCAUUUUAAAUUGGCAUUCAAUAUUGUGAAUUCCAUUGAGUGGAAAGUUAAAAGUUUAAUUAUUUUCAAUGUUUGAUUAUAUGUAUGUGUAUGUAUACAUGUGUGCAUGCUAGUGUGUGUGCAAGAGAGUGCAUGUCCAUAUUUCUGACUAGUAUUAUAAGAAUGAAAUAAAAGUAUUGGGACUUAUAUUUGUACUUUACAAUUUUAUUUAUGAAGCAUCAUCAAAAUUUUUGAACACAUGCAUAAAUUAUUACUUAACAUAUUAGUAACUUUGCAGAACUAUGAGGAACAUAAAUGGCACAGAUAUAUUGCAAAGUAGAUUAUAAUUUAGGGAUGCCUCAGGAAAUGAAAUAGAAUUUUAGACCAGUACAUGAAUUGGUCGAAUUUUUCACCUUCUGCUUAGAUAUGUAUCAGAGAACAUCAGCUUUGGGAAGCUUAGUAGCAGUCCACUGUCAGUUCUAAGGUGGGAGCUGUUGGCAAGGGUGCAGUGUAGCUUGGUGACUUAAUCACAGACCGGUACAGCUUUACAUUUUAUGAAAUGAGGCCUUCCGUGUAACAGAGGUGUUCUCCGACCAAUUGCCCUACGAUACAUUUAAUGAAUAUUUUGUUGAUUUAGUUUCGUCUAUUACAUAAACAUUGAUAUGUUUGUAUUAAUACACAAGUCAUGAGAGGUCAUUAAUGUAAAAAUAUCAAUGCUUAUGCUAUAGAUGAAAACUUAAACUAAUAAUAUAUUUAAUAAACACAGCAGUUGGCCUGAGAAUGCUUUUGGAUGCGUGCACCCUCAAAUGAUUAUCUUAGCCCAUAAUGCAGGAAAUAUGCUUUGUCUUUAGGAUGUAUGGAAUUGUUCUCAUAAGCUGACUGGUAUAAUUUGCUGUGGGUUUGACAUGUAUGCCUUUGAAUGAGAAAUCCAGUCUGUUUUUUUUAUGGCAUUAAGUAUUUACAUGUUAUAUUCAACUUGUGCAUUAUUUAACAAUAUGGAAAACACAGUAAUUUCAGUGCUGUCUCUCUAUUGGCCACUAUGACUUAAUAUUUCCCUUAUAAAACCAUAUCUGCAUGCAAAAUUAUUGAUUCACAAAGAGAUGAUAGCUGUACAUCCAAAACAUGUUCUCAGGUGUAGCUGGAAACUUGGGAAAAUAUGGUUGCAGUAUAAUAGUUCAAGAUUAUAUUUUGUUGACUUGUUGCAAAAUCAUCCAGAACUCCUUGCCCAACCAUAUUACCUUAAUUAGGGUACUUUGUUUUGUCUUUGAAUAUUUUAUAAGGAAGAAAUUGAUUUGCAUUUUAUCUUCUAAUAUUAUAUCUUGUCUCUUCAAAGUCAUAUGAUCUGUUUGUCAGUCUUUGAAUGAUGUGCAGAGCUAGGUAAUAGAGGUAGUGUGACUAAUAGUUGAGAUUUGUUAUUAUGUUCUACUGUUGAAAAAAAAAUCAAGAAAAUAAGAAAUAAGACUACUAUGGAAUACUGAUUUGAAGAUCCUGCCUAAAUGGGAGUAAUUUUUUUUCAUUAGUACACCUUACAGAAAACCACAUUGUUGUAGACUAUUCCUAAACUGUGUAUCCUGGAUCAUGGAGGAACCUUGCUAUCUCCACCACAGCUAAACUCCAUGGAGACCUUACAGGAUUCUUGGAUAAUCAUUACCGCUUCACUGUCGAUAACUAGAUGUGAAGCUAAUCGAUUGCUCAUUUGUAUAAUGGGACUAUUUUUUUUAAUCUUUAUAUGAACAAAUGAAGUUAUUUUGAAAUUUACUUAAGGCACUCUAGUAUUUGCAUUGAGUAUUGAGAGACAAAAUUAGGAGAGACUCAUACAUACAGUCUCUGUCUUAGUCACUAUAUAAUAUGAUGCCUCUGAAAGACUAUGUAGAUGUAAUUUUUGUAUGCAUUUUUUAUGUGAAUACUACAAGAAUUUUUGAUAUGGAGAUUGGAUCUAUGUUAGAGUAUAAGUGAUUGCUCAUUGUGCUGUACAUAUAUUUAUUUUUCAUAUAUUACACCAAGCCUUGUAGUGUUGGGCAUAUAUUUGUCAAAUUCCUAUAGAUCACCAAUACAUACUGAUACUGCAGCAUGCAAAGAAAAAAAUAACGAUACAUUAUCAAUUUAGAAUUGAGGAAGAAUUAUUCUCUAUAGACCAGAAGUUUGAAGGGAAUGCUAUCAGAUCCUUCGAUGGGGAAUGAAUAAACUUGAAGUGUUACAUGUAGUUAUUUUUUGCAAAACAGUUUUUCUGAAGUACUUGUUGCAGUUACAGUAAGAAGGUGAUUGUGCUUUGUAUUGUUAAAGAUUUGUUUGUAAGUGGAACACAAAUAUUUAAAGUCAUUCUUGCUAUGAAGACCAACACUACACAUUUACUUCUGAUUCACACAUCGUUAUUGCAAUACAAGAUGUCUGGCUGUUAGAUUUUUAGAUUUGUUUGUUAUAAUAUGCAUAGCUUAAAUUGUAAAGGUGAAGGCCUCUGUUUUACAUGAUAGUUAUGGUUUUAGUGUAAUCUUUGCACCAAUAUUGUAUUCAGUGUUGAAAGCACAAUACUGAGAUGCUGGUGUUUUUCUUUUCUUUUUAAUUUCAAGAAAAGGCAGGGAAAAUACUGAAAUACACAGUUGUUGGAUGAAGAAACAUUUAUAAAGUUUAAAUUUAGGCAGACAUUUUGUAAUAUUGUUCUGAUCAGUAAUCAGUGUUCUCAUUACUGUAACUCAAAAGAACAGUAAAUAAAAGUAAUGGAUGUUUAAAAAUCUGAAAGCGUAGUUUGACUCUGAUUCUGAAGAAGUACUUUUUCUUUCACUGGAUUGCUAAGUAUAUGAGACUGGUUUUGUAUAGUGUUACGUACAUGAAGUGGAUGCCCAAAAAAUGUUUCCAGUAUUUCCAUCUCGUAAGGUUAGGUUACACUCGAAGCAAAAAGCAAACAUUAGCUUAUUAGGUAGAAACCAACAAUGGUAAGAUGAUGAAACACAAGAAAAGUUUCAUAGGAAUGUUCUAGUGGAGAUCAUUACUACUGACGUUGAUUUAGCUCAUCCAUUACUAUUAAAGUUACUCAUUAAUUUUCAGCCUCAAUAAAACUUGAUAUAUGUAUGGAAAAAACAACACAAGGCAUCUGACUCUGAACAUAUACAGUAAAUAAAAAGUACAUGUGUUGGUAAUUAACACUGUUCUUUGACUGGAUAGUAAAUAUUUGUAAAUUAAGAAAGUGGUUUUGAAAAUAAUUUUCUCUUUCUUUUUCUAAUGGGUAUCAAAAAGUCUUAUCUAAUAUCAAAUUUGUAAUUUCAAAAUUUGUUUUAAAGUUUAUUUAUAUAUAUCAGUGGAUACAGAAAUAAGUGUCCUCAGACUGCUUUAUCUGGUAAGAAGUAACAUAUAAAUGACAAAAUGAUGAUAGACUAUACUCUGAAAGAGUUCAUUUUGAGUAGUUGGACGUGAAACUUUCCCGGAUAUAAACAAAAGUAUAAAAAAAAAAAUUAUUUUAUUAAUCAUAUGGGUUUCGUACUUAACAUUUCUCUAUUUCCUUUUGGUGUGUCCUAACAUCUGGGUGAUUUAAUAAGACAGCAACUCAUAAUGGAUUUUAUAACCACCAAACACUCUUAUGAGGCGUGUUCAAAAAAGAAACUUAAUAUAAGAAGCAUUUUUUUACGUUUUAUAACUUUAUCAAAAUCAGAAUUAUCUCAUUCAAAAUUCUCUUGAUAUGCCCUUCACCUUUGCUGUCACAUAUUCUUAGCUCACUGAAUAUUAUCUAAACUAUUAUUUCAUUAUCUUUUUUCUAGGUACACUCCACUUUAACAAGGUUUAAAAAUCUGUUACAUACACAAUAGAUGGGUCUGUUCUUAAGACUGGACCAUGCAAUAAUGUGAACAAAAACGAAGAUAAAAACAUCAACAAGCCCAGUGAGUUUUCAAAGUACUUGUUAAUUUAGUUCAUUUGCCUGUUUGAAUAGCAUUAUAUGUAACACCUUCAACAACCACUAAUGGAAAUUGAAUUUGAGAAUUAAACGAAAUGGAUGUCA